UUUUUUAAUUGAAAAUUAUAUAUGAUUUGCAUUGUUUAGUUCAAAAAUAUCAUAUCAAUAUUUGUAUCAUUUUAAAUUAGAAGUUUUAUCAUUUUUUGUCAUGUGUUGGCGGUUGACGUGGUUUAAGGUAUAAAGACAUACAACAUAUAUUCAUCUUGCUAUUAUUCAGAAUUUCAAACUUCCAUUGAUUUUAAAUUGUAAGGAGCUUAAAGGAAGUUUAAAAUGUAAAAUGAUUAUAUUCUUCAAUCAUACCAAGCAUUUUGGGUAUUAAUAAUAUUUACAGGAAGCUUUUUUAAAAACUGUUCUUUGUCUAUUUCAAAGCUGUGCAUUUGAACAGAAAUUAAUUGAACUAUUAGGUUAGAGCUAAGGAAAUAAAUAAACAACAAUUUGAUGUGACAUUUAUUAUCAUUUUGCUCUUCUGUAUACACAAAGAUCCCAAAUAAUUUGUAGACAUAUUUAACUGCCAUGGAUUAUAUAGAGAAAAACACAUACUGCCGGAAUCAACGAAUCUAAUAUGAAACGAAAAAAUGGUGCAGCGGAGAUGUUCAUGUGUUUUGUUGGGGUAUUGUUGACAGGAUAUUUUAUUUCUGCUUAUGACAACAUCGCUCUAGGAAAGAAUGCCUCACAACAGUAUCCGUUUUUCCCGUUUGGUAAGCUGCCAUGGGGAGCAGAUAAGGCAGUGGAUGGGCGGUAUUCAAACCGGGCACCUGUCGGAGAGCAAUGUACAAUAUCUGACAGUAGAAAACAUAGUGCAACCUGGUGGGUGGAUCUAGGAGAAAUCUUCAGGAUACAUCAUAUAACUAUUUACUACAGAACGGAUAAUAUGGAAUGGGACUCGACCAAUGGUUAUACAGAACGAUUUCUCGGAUUCUCGGUCUAUGUUUCGAACACAACCAACAAGGGAGAGGGUAUUCUAUGUUUUCAGGACACAAAUUACACAAAGGAGACAAUACCUAGCAAUAAAACAAUAGAAUGCGUAAUGAAUGGACAAUACGUCAUUUACUUCAAUGAGAGAAUUCCUGGAGUAACCUACCCUGAGGGAUAUUCUCAGUAUGCUUUCAACGAGCUUUGUGAACUUGAAGUUUAUGGAUGCAAUAUGUCUGAUGUUUAUGGGGAGAAUUGUACCCUACCAUGUCCAAAAAAUUGCAUUGAGGGUCAAUGUAACAUUGUGGAGGGGACUUGUCUUGGAUGCAUUGUCGGAUACAAAGGUUCAAAAUGUGAAGACGAAUGUGAUGGUUGGUUUUACGGUACAGACUGCACUAUUUCUUGCGGAUGGUGUUUGAAUUUUGAACAAUGCCACCAUAUAAAUGGAUCGUGUUUAAAAGGAUGUGAUAUAGGGUUUCGAGGAGAGACUUGUACUCAAGAAUGCCCCAUUGGACACUUUGGCUACAAUUGCCAGGAGUCGUGUAGCGUUAACUGUGGGGUCUCUGGUAGAUGUAACAGAGUGACCGGACAGUGUCAAGGCGGAUGCAAGGAUGGUUGGGAAGGGUCAAGAUGUGACAAAAGUAAAAACGAUUCUUCUUUUGGGGUUCAUGAAUACAGAUGCAAUGCAACAUGCAGCGAUGACUGUUUCAAUAGAACAUGUAAUGUCACGACGGGAGAAAGUACAUUGGUUGGUGUUUCAGGUGUACUGGAAACAAACACUUACUUUUUUAUUGGAGGAGCGUUGGCAACUGUCGUUUUUAUUGUGUUUAUUGUCGCAUUUAUUAUUGUGGUCAGAAGGAGAAAGAAGAAACAACUGAAAUGUCUAGGAAAUACAACUAUACAAUUUCCCACGGAAAAUGAAAAAAGAAACACGGCGGUCUAUGAGAAUAUGGAGUUAAAUAGGGGACAUUUUGAUAUGUGUCAAAUUACAGAUGUCAGUGAGAAAUAUGAAAAUACUGAAUAUCAGGAAAUUGGUCAAAUAAGAAAAUCUUCACAUUAUGUUCAAUUACAUUGAUGGUGAAUCACAGAUUUUUUUUUCAUUCCUCCCACGUAAAUAAUUGUUCUACAACCACUUUUAUGAC